AUGUACCGAGCACUCGUCAUGCUGUUGCACUUCAUGAUCGGAUUACUCGCCAUGAUUUGCGCUAUGGGCUACCGCGAGGGACUCCUUGACUGGGAAUGGUUCUUCCCUUGGGUGUACAUGAUCUUCGUUAGCGUACCUCUGGGCGGAUUAAUCGUAUGUUCCCAUGAAAGGUACUGCGUUAAGCGCAAAGACUGGGACGAGGAUCGUCGGCGGCAGGUCUUGCGCAUAAUUGGCCGCGUAGAAGAGCGGAUCGUGCGCUCCUGUGCCGGCCUGGCCGGGACGGACUGGCUGAAGCUGUUGUCGCGCGGCUUCUUUCCUUUGCGCAGCGUCGCGCCGAGGGGCCCGGGCGUCAAUCAGAUACCUCAGACAUUCGCGCAGACAGGCGAUGACUCGGGCGCAUCGGAUGCCCCAAGUCAGCUCCAGCGUGAUCUGCACAUCGUACUCGAGGAGGCAUGCACCGACCUGGGCAUCGUCGACCCGCUCUUCAAGGUCAUCGCCAUAGGGCAAGGGGUGCACAACAUGCACGCGCGCCUGGCGUGGAUCGGCGGGCUUGGACGGGCGCAGGAUGACAUUGCGGCCCAGAUCGCGCUCUUUCGACAGGCAGACCCCGGUGCCGAGCAAGUCGAGCGCCUCGCACAUACGAUCGAGCAUCACCUGAACGCACUGGGAGACUCAUCCGUUCCCUCCUUUCGCGACCUCGCGAGACUGCGCGGCGGAACGGGCAAUAAGACGCUCAUUCUGAUUGAGAUGCUGAAGAUCGUGUCCUUCAUCCCGGCGUGCCUCCUGCUGGCGGCUACCCCCCAAGCGCCAAACCAGGAUCUGGACUGCAUCGUUCUCAUCAUCUAUAGCGUAAUUGCGCUGGUGCCAUCGUUCCUGCUGGGAUCAUUGGCGCUAGUCGGGUUCUUUGACCAUGCGUUUGCGCAUCGCGGCGUGACCGAGAUGCAGGGCGCGCACACGGCGGCCGCGCAGCUCGAGCACUACGCGCGCUACCACCUCGUCGGCUGGGCGGCGCUGCUGCGGCUGCUUAAAUCCGACUCCGAUUCUGACAUCGCAGAGCGUGUAGCUGCCGUGGAGGAGGCGCUGUUCGAGAAUAUUGUCGCCAGCGCUUCCGCGCAUUCCAUCAGCCAGAUGCUCGACUAUAAACUCGACAGGCCGAUGUUUUCCUCCGACGUAGACUUCUAUAGGUCGUCUGCGCGCGUCUGCAGAAGUGCGGAGCCAAGCGUGUACGGGCGGGUUAUCUGGACGCUCGUUAUGGCGGACUGA